AGUAGAUAACCUUCACGUAGUACAUCAACCAUGUCAUUAAGAAUUCUUACAAAGUUGCAAAACUAUGUUUAAUUUCAUAAUGUACAAAAUCAAUUUUCAUGAAACAUGCCUAUAGAGCUGAUUGUUGCAAUUUUUAUGUUAUGCAGAGAGCAAUCUUAAGAUGAAAUACAUCUGAAUGAAUAACUCGCAUCAAAUCAUAAUAUCUUAAUCUUCAAGUGAUUCUCCUCGUAGAUUUCAUGCUGCAGUAAGUGUAAUCUUUGCAAGGUAUUAUAGUAGGAAGAUUUGGGUAAUAAUAAGUAUAUUCUCCAACCACGGUAUGGUCGAUGUCAGAAACAACGUAACAGGCUUCUCGUAACGCUUUUAAAUCUCGUUCACGAUGAUUUUGCGAAUCUGGAUUACUUCGAAUCUCUCAGAUUCAAAAGGAUACAAAGUUAUGAAUGGUCCUCCCUUUGUUUUGAGACUUUACAGGGGGUUUCAUUUACCUGUUAGCUCGUAUCAGUAACCACUUAGUUGAGGCCAACUAGUCUCCUGACAUUAUACUCUCAAACAGCCAUCGAUUGUAUGAGAACAUCCAAUCCAACCAUCACCCCACUCACGUCAAGAUUCACCACUGGAGGGCACGAAAUCAGAAGGGCGGCUUUUAACGAACCUGCGAUGGAAUCUGAACCAGAACUAGACGGAAGUGGAAAGGUGAGAGACGAUCUGAGGCUCCACGAAGUACAUUUUUUUUUGCAACAAAACUGUUUUCAGGAGUUCUGCAAGAGUACCCAGUUUAAAAAUUCUGUACUGGAGGGGUUGAAUUUACAACUGAGUUUCAAUGAUAAGACUUUAUUAGAACCUAAAGUGGAGGGGAAUCUCAAUGAAACUUCGCCACAACCUCCGGUUAACAAGGCUGCCGAUGAGAAGGAUUGGGAGGAGACGCUUGCGGCUGAUCCACUUCUUAGCGGUCAACUUCUCGGCAGUGUGUCAUGCAAAGUUGCAGACAUUUCCGAAAAAUUGGACACCACCAUUGCAGCAACGAUGAGAAUUAAGGUGGAAGGUCUUCAAGAAAGGUGCACCAGAGAUAUUGAAUCAUUUGCUAGCAAGGUAGCAGACUGCAGAAAAGCAUUCGAAAGGAUGGCUGGAGACAGAAGUUACAGCGUAAAAAAAACAGCAGAAGACUUCUAAAAUAUUCUGCUCUUUUUUGCUCGAGCCAGCAAAAAGAA